AUGUCUGUCCGCAUAUUUCCAGACAACGCUGAAAGCCAUCCCAAGCAGUACAUCAUGAGAUAUCACGUACCGCACACCAAUGGCACGGCCGAUGCCACCAACCCGUCUCUGAGUGGUGCCGAUGAAACACCCGUCACCACCAAUGGCGUCUGGAAACUCGGUCACCAACCAACGUCGAAGGAUCUCGAGACCUUCAAAGACAGCUCAGUGACAAGAGUUGUCUGGGGCAGCCCAAUGGCACUGGCAAUCUGCUCCGCAGAUAUCGACCUGACCUACCUGCAGGUUGACGAAAGUGAGUCUCUGGUUCGGCAUCUGUUCCCAGGAAAUUCCCUGAUCAUCUUGCACCCGGAACAACGUCAAAAUGACGAACUGUGGCAAAUCUUCGACCCAGAGGCAGAUGGAGACUGUCUCUUCGACGAGGUCCACGACCCACGCGAUGAGUGUGAAAAGGUCUCGGACAAGGGCGUUGAAAGCAUACAUGUGGAGCGCAUUGAAAUCAGCGGGCCCUCAUCGGACUCUUCAGAAACCGCUUCUCAGGAUGACCUUGGGUCCGGGAUUCUGCCGUUCUCCCUUCUUAAUCCCUCCGUCGGCAAACAAGAGGUGCGCUCUUACGCGGCACGGCUAUGCCGCGUUGAAGAGCACGUCAUUGAAGAUGUAUUGCCCUGCACAGCCCUACAGGAGGGACUCCUGGCAUUGAGCGCCAAACGUCCAGGAGACUAUGUUGCGACGAAUGAAUUCGAGAUUGACGAGCGUGUUAAUGUUGACCGCUUACACCAAGCAUGGGAACGUGUGGCCGCCUUGAACCCGAUCUUGAGAACGAGGUUCGUCAGUCUGCCCGGCCAAGGCAUAGUUCAGGUCAUAUUAGACCAGGACAUAUCGUGGACAACUACUACAGACGCAUCAAACGAGACUGAAGUGGGCGAAAUGACUCUGGGGAGCGCUUUAACUCGCUUCAUUCUCUGUGAGGGUUCUGCGGGACGGCCGGCGCGUUUCAUUUGGGAAAUCCAUCACAGCCUAUAUGACGGGCAAAGUCUGCCGAUGCUCCUCAGUCAAGUGGAGAGCAUCUAUUUUGACGAACCGAUCCAGGACCUGGAGCCCAUGGCUACCCUCAUCAAGUAUAUCCAGAGCCAUGAUCCUAGAAGCGAAAAGGCUUUCUGGGAGCAGCACUUCGACAGCUUCCAAGGACCACACUUUCCACCGCCUAAAGCUGGGUAUACGCCUCAACCUGAUCAUCAGAUGGUCAUGGCGAUCACAGAGAUCGAGUGGGGUCGUGGUGACUUUACAUCUGCCACCGUUCUUCGAGCGGCAUGGGCUGUGGCCACCGCUAAUGGUGCUGGAUCGGGCGACUCAGUGUUCGGAGCCACGGUCACUGGCCGUCAAGCCCCUAUCCCGCGGAUCGAGCUCAUGGCAGGCCCAGCGAUAGCCACUGUUCCGGUUAGGGUUGUGAUAGAUUGGACCGCCACCUUCGGGCAGUUACUUGAUACGGUGCAACGUCAAGCUGCUGACAUGAUACCGUAUGAGCAAACUGGACUUCAAAGAAUCGCCAAGAUCUCCGACCAAGCUAGACUGGGCUGCAACUUUCAAUCGCUGCUGGUCGUGCAGCCGGCAGCCCAAGAAGGCCACGACACCCCAGGGCGCCACUUCCUCAGCGAAGUCUCUGAUUCCCGCGGAACGCAAUGGCAGGACUUUAGCACGUAUCCAAUCGUCGUUGAAUGCCAGCUGGAGGCAAACGGUGCCAUUUUGCGUUUUGCGUAUGAUUCGAACCUUAUAUGCAGAGAGCAGAUGGAACAUGUGGCCCAGAAUUUCGAGUUUGCAAUUCGUCAACUGUCCACCACAAGCCUGGUCCAUGAGCCAUUGACGUUGCUGGCAGACGACGGGCUGGAUCGUGUCUGGAAACUGAAUGCAGUCGUGCCAUCGGCCACUGAGAUGCUCAUUCAUGAUCUCAUCUCGCAAAGAGUCCGGGAAGACCCGUCUUCUCCUGCAGUCUGUGCAUGGGACGGCGACUUCACGUACCAAGAGGUAGAGGAGCUCUCAACGGCUCUUGCCUUGCACCUGGUUUGGAGAGGUGUGGCGACAGACAUGAAAGUCGCUCUGCUGUUCGAAAAGUCCAAAUGGAUGGCUGUCGCUGCUCUGGGUUGCAUCAAAGCUGGCGGGGCAUGCAUGGCGGUCGACACCACUCAGCCGGAGGAGCGACUUCGAUCCAUCGUCAGUCAGUCCGAGUGUCCAAUCGUCAUAUCAUCGGUGCCAAACCAAGAACUCGCCCGUCAACUUGGAUUCAGCACGGAUAGCAUUGUAGUAGUUGGGCCAGACAAACUAUGGGAUUCACCAGAUCCGCAAACAGCGCUGCCGAUCUUGAUGCCGUCGAACGAUCUUUACGUUGUAUUCACGUCUGGCAGCACCGGGACGCCCAAAGGAGCAAUCAACACGCAUCGUGGCUUUUGCACAGCGAUAACGCACCAGCAGCGAGCAUUGGGCUUCACGAAAAGUUCUCGCGUCUUUGACUUUGCCUCGUACGCAUUUGAUGCGUCUUGGUGCAAUCUGCUCCACGCUCUCACAAGCGGUGGCUGUUUGUGUGUCCCGUCAAAUGCGGAACGGCAGAACGAUCUUGUCAAGUCGUUGGAGAAAUACAAUGCUACGACUGUCGACUUCACACCCUCCGUGGCAAGAGUAGUUGGCAAGGAGGCAUUGUCCAGGCUGUCCACGCUCAUACUAGGCGGAGAAGCUGUGGUGGACUCGGACGCUUUCCUGGCUGAGAGCAACACCGAGAUCAUCAAUGUUUAUGGGCCAGCUGAAUGCACGCCGACGGCGACAUUGGCUAAAGUCGCACCGAAAGACAUCAGCAUCGGUCGCGGCGCUGGGGCUUGUACUUGGAUCGUGGAUCCGGAAAAGCCAGACCAGCUUUCGCCAUUUGGUGCCAUUGGAGAGCUCUGGAUCGAGGGGCCAUUGGUUGGCAAUGGCUAUCUCAACGACCCUGCAAAAACCGAAGCAGCCUUCGUCAAAGAUCCUCCUUGGCUCCUGGCUGGUGUGUCAGCGCGUCGAGGUAGAGACGCUGUGCCUGGCCGCACAGGAAGACUUUAUCGGACUGGGGACCUCGUGCGAUAUAGGCAAGACGGAUCUCUCUUAUUCGUCGGCCGUAAAGACACACAGGUCAAGAUCAGAGGACAGCGCGUUGAGCUGGGAGAGAUUGAACAGCACCUCAUUGCUGCCCUCGACCUCCCGAUCGCCACCGUGGUGGUCGACACAAUUCUUCCCAAAGGAUCCAAUGGCCCCGUACUAGUGGCAUUCAUUAGCAUUGAAAGCGAUGAGAUGCGGACUGAAGAGGACCACAGCAAGGCCGUUCGAAAGGCAACGGAGUCGUUGACGAAUCUUGCCCUCCCGAUCUACAUGAUUCCCGUUGCUUACAUACCCGUCUUCAAGCUGCCCGUCAUGACCAGCGGGAAGACCGACCGGCGACAACUCCGGCAGAUUGGCGAGUCAGUCUACCUACAGUAUCGCCUCAGCACCGAAGAUGAGGGUGUCACCGACACUCUGAGCGAUGUUGAGGUUAUCCUGCAACAAGUUUGGAUGUCCAUCCUGAACUUGUCCGCCCAAGAGGCAUCGGUGAACAAGGCUUUCACAAGACUGGGUGGCGACUCCAUCUCCGCAAUGCAGGUUGUGUCGCAGUGCAAGCUGCACAAUCUUGUGUUUACGGUAAGCGAUCUGUUGCAAGCCUCAACGAUACGAAAGCUGGCCAGUCGCUGCCGCGUUGCCUCGCGUCAACAGGAUAAGAUUGAAGAUGCGGAAGAAGAGGGCGACGAGAUGAAGCCAUUUGAACUAUCACCGAUCCAACAAAUGUUCUUUGAUGCCUACCCCGAGGGACUUGAUCAUUUUAACCAGAGCUUCAUGCUCGAGUUGAGCCGGCUGGUAGAUGGGGCGGUCCUUUAUGACGCUACUCGCGCGCUCGUCAGUCGUCAUCCCAUGCUUCGUUGCCGAUUCAUCAAAGACCCCGAGCUCGGCUCUUGGAUGCAGCGUAUCGUUGAGGAAGAGGAUUCAAUGGCGUUUGGGUUUGCGGAACAUUUUGUUCAGACUCGCGAUCAGGUCGUCGACGUCGGACAGGCCCGCCAAGAGUCAAUGAGCCUCCAAGAUGGCCCAGUCUUCUCGUGCGACCUCUUUCACAUCAGCAAUAGUAGCCAGAUGGUCAUCCUCUCAUCUCAUCAUGCUGUCGUUGACUUGGUCUCAUGGCGCAUCAUCUGGAACGACAUUGAAGACUACCUCAACGAUGGUAAGCUUUUGACAGAGCCAACGGCUUCAUUUCGAUCGUGGGUUCGGCGACAGGCGAGAGUCAGCAGCAAGGCAUCGCCUUUCUCCGUACUUCCGUACGCCAUACCGGCUCCCGACAUCGACUUCUGGGGCCUGCCUUUAUCCGAGAACACCUUCUCCAAUUGCGACGCAUACAACGAAACCUUCGAUGCGGAUGUCACUUCGUUGUUGUUCGGAGACGCCAACGAGUGUCUCCGCACGGAACCGAUUGACAUCAUCAUUGGCGUCAUGGUUUAUGCCUUUGUUCAGGUUUUCCCAGAGAGGGAUGCCCCAGUGGUGUGGAUUGAAGGCCACGGCAGGGAGCAGUCAGAUGAACUUCCGCUCGAUGUAUCAUCGACAGUCGGCUGGUUCACGACUCUGCACCCCCGUCCUAUUCCGAUCAAUCUGCAAAACUCCGUUCUUGACGCCAUCCGCACGGCAAAGGAUAGGAGGCGUCAGAUACCUGGCAAGGGGCGACCGUACUUUGCCUGCCGCUACCACAGUGAAUCUGGUCGCCAGGAGUUCCAGGGCCAAGACACGACGGAAUUGACACUCAACUUCACCGGCCGAUAUCAACAGUUGGAGGGAGAUGAGGGCCUCUUCCGACGCCCAGAGUACCUCGGGCACGAGCAGCGGGACAUCGCCGAGGUAUCGGGGUCGGCUCGACGCUUCACCAUGGUUGAGAUCAACGCCGACAUCGAGGAGAACAUGCUGGCAUGUUCCUUUGCCGUCCACAAGAACAUGAAGCACCACGGUCGCAUCAUUGAAUGGCUUGAGCUCUUCGGAGACACUCUCAAUGCGGUCACCCGGGAAUUGGCUGGAGGUUCCCCUCGUUUCACACUCACCGACUUCCCCUUGCUCCCUCUGUCGUAUGAGGGCUUGGAUGUGUUGCAGCUCGAACAAUUGCCCGGUCUCGGGAUCGAGCCGGCGGCAGUUGGAGACAUUUACCCUUGCUCGCCUCUCCAAGAAGGAAUACUACUCAGUGCACAGAAAGAAGCCGCCUCUUAUGCCACAUUCUCUGUGUUUCAGUGCGUACCGACCGACGGCAAGACUCCCGUCUCGCCAUCUCGACUCGAACAGGCCUGGAUGACGGUCGUCAAACGGCACACAAUCCUUCAAUCUGUCUUCACAUUGCACCCCGAAGGAAACGGAUUUAUCCAGAUUGUGCUUCCAGAAUCUCAAGUCCGAUUGGCUCAGCUCACAUCACAAGAGGAUCCUGCGACGGUCUUGAGUCGUCUGCCGAGACCAGAGUUCGCUCCGAAUGAGCCCGAACACGCCUUUACCAUCUGCCAGUCGCACACUGGAGAGGUGGCAUGUCGGCUAGACGCCAGCCACAGCCUCAUUGAUGCGUCGAGUAUGUCAAUCAUCAUUCAAGAUAUCGUCAAUGUAUACGACGGCUGCGACAUGUUGCCGGCAACACCGUUCGGAGACAUGAUCAACUACAUUAGCAGCAUCCCACGAGCGCAAAGGAUCGCAUCGUGGACAAAGCUUCUCAGAGGUGUCCAGCCAUGCGAGUUUCCUGUGGCCAGUAACCAUCCACAUGGCCCCGAGAGCCACAGCGACCUUUCCAUCCCGGCUGAAGCGAUUGAAGGAGUCUCAGACUUCUGUAAGAAGCUGGGCAUAACACGCUCUGUCUUCAUUCAAGUAGCUUGGUCCGUGGUUCUCGCCCAUUUCAACGGUUCGUCGGAGGCUUGCUUCGGAUACCUUGCCUCUGGCCGAGAUUCACCUCUUGAUGGGAUAUGGACCAUGGUCGGCCCCUUGGCCAACCUCCUCAUCUCACGCGUGGACUUGACCUUGCCUCCACGACAAGUCCUGGAAAAGGCAUCAGAGGACUCAAUACAACAUUUGUCAAUACAACAUACCUCACUCGCAGAGAUUCAGCAUGAGCUGGGUCUCUCGGGUCAAAGGCUCUUCAAUACUGCUCUAUCGAUUCGGGAGGCAGACAAGUUCAAGGCCGGCGACGACCGGACAAUCGAGUUUCAACCGUACAACGGCGAGGACCCGCACGAAUAUGACCUCAGCCUGUCAGCCAACCUCGACUCGGGUAGCAUGGACAUUGUCAUGGAGUUUCGCGAGCCGUACGUAAGUAAACAAGUGGCGGAGAAGGCUGCUCAGGUUUUGGUUGAAGCAAUCCGGUACCUGCUGCGGACCGACAUUGAGGGGGCUGAGGCACCCAGCUCCGUCGACACGCUGUCCAAGGGCUUUUUCAGGCACAUCACUGGCGCCGAUGAGCAUUGUGUUAGGGAAUUCUGGAAUGAACAAUUUCAGGGCAUCGAAGGCUCGCACUUUCCACAGAAACAGGAAGUCGGCGCUCAGACGCGACAGAUGAGUGAGGUCUCAUGGGCCUUGGACGGCCUCUCCUGGGACACUCACGGCGACUUGACAGCGGCUACAUAUGUCAAGGGCGCAUGGUCCAUCGUGACCGGACGACUUCUUGACUCAAGCGAAGCGUUGUUCGGGACUACGAUUGUUGACAAGCAGACAAUCUUGCCGGUCCGAGUGUUGGUCGACCAGAGCUCAACCAUUGGCGACCUACUGCAGAGCGUCCAAGCCCAGGCUGCAAAGAUAUCUCCCUUUUCACGAAGUCCGCUGUAUUAUAUCCAGGCUCUCGGUCAGGAAGCAGCUCUGGCUUGCGAAUUCCGGACCGUCUUGUUGGUGACAGAUGACGGUAGCGACACGCGUUGCAACGAGAGCACGACAACUGGUGAUGUGGUGCGCAACGACGACACAGAAGAACUCGACAGCUAUCCGCUGAUUGUCGAAUGUCGUAUGUCAUCAAGCGGACUGAAGGUAUCACUGCGCUUCGAUGAGAAAGAGAUUGGAGAGACACAGGCCACGCGCCUAGGCCACCAGCUUGAGCAGGUCCUACGGCAGGUCCUGACGCGGGAUCAUGGGUACACCAAGUUACGAGACCUUCACAUCUCGAGUGCGCAAGACAUUCGCGACAUCUGGACUUGGAAUUCCGUCGUACCAAGCGCCGUUGAAACCUGUGUUCACGACUUGAUCGCCCAGCGGGCUCAGCAACGGCCUCACGAUGCAGCCAUCGCCGCCUGGGACGGUGCUUUGACAUACGGCCAACUGCACGAACAGUCGAAUUGUCUUGCCCGAGAGCUGGUGCUGAGAGGUGUCGGUCGGGGUUCACUUGUGCCUCUUCUCUUCGAGAAGAGCAUGUGGAUGGCAGUGGCUGCCCUGGCGGUCAUGAAGGCCGGCGCAGCCGCGGUGGCUACGGACACUGCGACUCAACCGGAGGAGCGACUCCGUACCAUGGCAGCGCAGGCUGAUGCUCGUUUCUGUCUUACCUCUGAGGCAAACCGAUCUCUUGCACUUCGACUUGGCAUAGACGAAGUCAUGGUCGUGAGCCAGGACACGGACUUUGCGCAGCUUGCGCCGGGAACGAAUCUUCCUGAAGUCAACCCCUCGGAUGUGCUGUAUGUUGUCUUCACCUCGGGCAGCACCGGCAUGCCAAAGGGUGCCAAGGUCACGCAUCAGAACAUGGCCACUGCAUUACAUUACCAAAGGGAGGCGCUAGGAUAUUCGCAGUCCUCGCGGGUCCUAGACUUUUCCUCCUACGCCUUUGAUGUCUGUUGGUCAAAUCUCCUGAACGCGCUCACAGCCGGGGCCUGCCUCUGCGUUCCAUCAAUGGAGGAGCGGCAAAACGACCUAUCAGGCACACUUAAGAAGUACGGCGUGACGUUGGCAGAUUUCACCCCUUCAAUCGCACGGCAUACAGUUGGCUUGGACAGCCUAUCCACCCUCAUCCUUGGCGGCGAGGUGGUCUUGCCCACGGAUCGGGCGUUGGCGAGCGCGAGUGCCAAUGUUUGUAGCGCGUAUGGCCCAGCUGAAUGCACUCCCACGGCCACGAUCUUGGACUUGACAGGGGCGAGCGAUGGCGGACUCGGCCGUGGCGCCGGAGUCGUGACAUGGGUGGUCGAUCAACACAAUGCUGAACACCUCGCGCCCAUUGGAGCUCCAGGUGAGCUGUGGCUCGAGGGACCUCUUGUCGGGGACGGAUACCUAAACGACCCCGAAAAGACAGCCGCCGCAUUCGUGCAGGACCCUGCCUGGCUCGUCCGCGGAAUUCUGGGCGAACGUCCCGGUAGGUGCGGAACCGUCUACCGCACCGGAGACCUUGUCCAGUACAAUGACGACGGUUCUUUACGAUUCAUUGGUCGCAAAGACACCCAAGUCAAGAUUCGAGGUCAGCGGGUCGAACUGGAGGAAGUCGAGUACGGGGUGAAAAACGCGCUCGACGUGUCGAGCCUGGGCAGUGCCAGCGCACAAGUUGUCGCCGAAGUCAUUGAGCCGCAAGGCGCCGGGCAGAAACUCCUGGCCGCGUUUGUCGCCUUUGACGGAGAUAACAGGGACUACGAGGCUUUGAUCAAAAAGGCCACAGCGGGGAUGAACGAACGGCUUACCCGUACUCUGCCCCCUUUCAUGGUCCCAUCACUCUAUGUGCCCCUGAAGGCCAUUCCGAGAGUCUCCUCGGGCAAGAUUGACCGGCGUCAGCUCCGCGCCUUCGGCCAUGGUCUCACGGCCAAGGACGUUGCAGUGCUCGGUCGCGCUGAUGGGGAGCGACGCCCGCCGGAGACGGACGCGGAGAGGACAAUGCAGCAGUUGUGGGUGGAAAUACUCAAGGUCGACCCGGAAACUGUCAGCGCUGAUGACAGUUUCUUCCGCGUUGGCGGCGACUCGAUCGGGGCCAUGCGUCUCGUGAGCCUCGCGAGGCAGAGGGGCGUGACGCUGCAGGUUAGAGAUAUUUUUAAAAACCCAGUUCUCCGAGACUUGGCAGCUCUAGGAUCAUGAGCGGUUGGGUCGGGACAACUACACGAGAGAGAUGAUGCGAAAGGGGGGAGGGGAGGGGAUGACGGCUUUAUUCUAUAUGGAAGUUAUUUACCAUCAAGUACAAAAAGCACGGGGGCAAACUACAUUUCAAUUGUUUCCGGGACGAAAAGUUUAUUUGGGGCGGUCGAAUCUAUCAGCAGGA